UGGGAAAAUGAACUCGUCUGAUAAGAAAGCAAUCCAAAAUGGACUCCUGCGUAAAUGUCGAAAGAGAAGUGGACAAAGUUUUGUCUAAAUUUGCGGCUGUGGGUGACCAUAGCAGCAGGACCUUACAGGACCUAAUAGAGCAUAUAUCCAACAUUAGGAAGGAAUUAUCAGAAGGUAAUGAUGCCUCAGAUGUGACAGCCACCCAGUCCCUGGUGCUGAACCAGUGUCUGAAGAAAGUGAAGGACACUUGUCAGCGCCUGUCCAACGACCACAAGGACCUGCACAGCUCCGUCUCCAAAGUGGGCAAAGCCAUAGACAGGAACUUUAUCCAGGACAUCAGCGCCUGUUCGGUAGAAGGCGCGUUUGUUGGUGAGGAGAAACGGUCCCUGUUGAACGAGGUGAUCUGUGAGCACUUCUUCCGUCAGGGCAUGCUGGACAUCGGCGAGCAGCUCAUCCAGGAUGCCAGGCUGCAGAUUGAUGAGGCCCAGAAGGAGCCGUUUUUUGAGCUGAACAGGAUUCUGGAGGCCCUGAAGCAACACAACCUCUUCCCUGCCUUAGAGUGGGCAAAGCGGAAUCGAGAACGGCUGCAGCAGCAGAGCAGCGCAUUGGAGUUCAAACUGCACAGGCUGCACUUCAUUGAGCUGCUGAAAGGGGGCCCCGCUAGACAGAUGGAGGCACUACUCUACUCCAGGAAUUUUGAGCCCUUUGCAUAUCACCAUGCAAAAGAGAUCCAGACGUUGAUGGGCAGCCUGCUGUAUGUCCAGCAGGGUGUUCACAACUCUCCGUAUCUGCACCUGCUGGACCCCAUCCACUGGCUGGACAUCUGCGACGUUUUCACCCGCGACGCCUGCCAGCUGCUCGGCCUGUCUGUGGAGAGUCCACUCAGUGUGGCAUUUGCAGCAGGCUGUAUCUCCCUCCCAUCUCUCCUGAAUAUUAACCACGUCAUGAAGCAGAGACAGUGCACCAACGUGUGGAACCAGAAGGACGAGCUGCCUAUUGAGAUUGACCUUGGCGGGGAGACGCGGUAUCACUCCAUCUUUGCCUGCCCCAUCCUCCGACAACAGACCACCGAGACAAACCCUCCUGUACGAUUGGUCUGUGGUCACGUGAUCUCCAGAGAUGCUCUCAAUAAGCUGAACACGAACAACAAGGUGAAGUGUCCGUACUGUCCGAUGGAGCAGAAUGCAGUGGACGCCCGACCAGUCCAGUUCUAAGCUAUCUAUCUCACCCUGAUGUGUACAUACUGUACAGCAAAUAUAUAGACUACAGAGUCCAACCUAUAUAUAAAUAUAGCAUUAUUUAAGUGGUAGGCUGUGAAUGUACCAAUAAUUCAGAGAAAUUGUGUCUUACUGAAACUUUCUGCCUCCUCUGCUACCUCCUCUUAUGGCCCCCUUUCCACUAGACAGGGAUCGCUGAGUGACCAUUUAUAAUUUGACCAAGGUUGGAUUGUGUGAUCUUGUUGUUAU